AUGUCACUUGGCAAAGGCGAAGCUUUAAUCAGGAAGGACAGCGACGAUCUCCCCACAUUCCAGAGUUUUGAGGAGCUUAAACGUUGUUUUCAAGAAAAGAUGGCUAGGGGAAAACAGAAAGGCGAAGAGUCAGAAUUCAGCGCGGCUGUAAGGGAAAGCAAUGACCGUAGAGCAAGUGAAUUAGCUGGUCUAGUAUAUUAUUACUGGUCUUCAGUUCUGGAUUGUUCAAAUGUGGACUGUGUACUUGGAUCGAAGAAACAAUGUGUCAUUAUUGAUGCUCCUCCAACGUAUUACGGUGGAAGAGAACGUGCCCAGUUCCUACUUUGUGUAAAAGAAGACACUAUAAAAUAUUAUUCGGUCAAAUGCGCCGCAAACGAACUGAUCGUGAGCGGUACGGCGAAGAAACUGAACAAAUUUGUAGCUGAAGAAGGACUACAACCUGUUCAGCGACAAUACGUCUGGCGUAAUGAUCAGUUGGGACCAAUCUUGGAAAAUAUGGAAUUCCCAUUUGAUUCAAUUUACGAAAUUGGAAAAGUGAAUCGACGACAUAUACUAUUUCCUACAAACAAAGGAAUCCCCGUAAUUUCCAUAGUCGUCGCUGAUCUCAAUCCGGAAGAACGAAAUGUGAUCAUCAAUGAUCUCUGCGAUUAUAAAGAUUUCGGUUGCUUGCAUACUCAACGACUUUGGGGUAGUAUCGUUACGGACGCAAAAAUAACGGUUCUUCUUGAAAAUUCUCCUAUUGACUCAUUGUCGAACUAUGUUAGUGUAGAGCAAAGAAACAACGAUGAGCUUUUAAAAUUCGCUCGUCAUAUGGCUACCGCUGUCGAUUAUUUUGAACGAUCCAAGUUCAUCCAUAAGAAGUUCUCCAUAGACAUUUGCCUGUUAACGCCAGAUAGAACUUUGAAGGGAAGAUUGUAUCCGAAACGAAUAUAUCUGAAUGAUGUGGAUAGAUGUCGAUGGAUCCCGUGGGAAUGUUUGAACGGAGAGGACGGUGUUGAGCCGGAACCUUACGAUAAGAAAGGAAUGAUUUGGACUCUUGCUACUAUUAUAUGGAGCAUGUUUCAUAGAGCCGCUAUUCCUUUUGAAAACGAAACUGUGAACGAAAUUCGUAGAAGAGAAUAUCGUAAGGGAAUUAUGCUGGAUGUGAUCGAACAACUGCUACCAAAUGGAGUACUAGAACUUCUACAGUCUUGUUGGUUGGAGAGAGAGAAGAGACCCACAUCACGACAUGUUUUGAAGACAAUUAAGAAAUUGGAGCAGUUAGAGAUGAAAGCGCGGCUGAAAUCUUCUUAA